AUGGGCUUAGGCUUUUACAAAGUUGACGAUUUACUAGACUCUAGUGUCAUUAUAGCUGGACAGAAGCUCUUUAUCCUUCAAGGAGACAGGUCUGACUCACUCCAGUGGGAGAAAUAUGGAUUCAGAUUAGAGUGUCCUCAAGGAGCAGUGUCCAAGGAUACUGAAGUAGCUGUUACUGCACUAGCUGGUGGUAAUUUCAAGGUACCCAAAGGUACUGUGCUAGUGAGUGCAGUAUAUGCGAUAUCAGUAUCUAAGGCACUAUUGAAACCACUGGUAAUAGAGCUACAACAUUGUAUGGAUCUAAGGAACACUAGUCAGACUGGUUGCCUCAAGUUUGUGAGAGCUCCACUGAAGUCUCCUUACCAGUUCAGUAUAGUUGAAGGAGGAUCUUUUAGUGUUGGGAACAGAUUUGGUUCUAUUAAACGUGAUGAGUUUUGUGCUCUUGGUAUUGUACAUAUUGGUAAUGGAGACAAAACUAAUGGAGGUGGGAAUGGAUCAGAGAAUGAUACACAAACCCUAGCAGAAAAUAAUGAUAGUGAGGAGGAGACUAAUGGAGACACACCUAAUGAUAGCAGUAAUGGAGCAGGAGAGAAUAGUAGUGGAGGAGGAGCCACUUCAUCAACAAGUACUACACCACCUAAUGACUCAGUUAAUGAUGAUCCUUCUCAGUUAGUCCAUGAGGCAGAAUCUCAUAUUACUGAUGAAUCAACAGUACAACAAUUGGAUCAUGUACUAAGUGAUUCUGAUGAACCUACAGUUACUGUAUCCACUGAACAGUGUCCAGCAAGGAAUGAUAAUGAAUCACUACAAUCUUCUACCAAUCAUUCCACUGCACGUUCAGACAUUAAUGGACAUUUUUGUGAUACGUUGUAUUCUGGAAUGAUGUACUCUGAUAAGAAAGAAUUUGGUCAUUGGAAAGCUAUGUAUUCUGUUGUUAGGGAUUUGGAAGUUCUUAAAACGUACUUAGAGAGCAAGCAGACGUCCAUUGAAUAUGAUGAUAUUGCUGACUCAUUUAAGUUUAUUCAACCAAAUGGAACCCUUAAAUUGAUUCUACAAACUAAUCAACUGCAGUUAGGAUGGACUGUUAAUCCUGACAGAGAACCAAUGGAAUUGUUUCAGUCUACAAUUGAGCAUUUUUCAUCAUGUUCCUCUCCAUCUUAUGCAACCUGCAGUAUAUCAGUGUAUGCUAAACCUGGUAUUGCUCAGGAUCCACUUCACUGUCCUAUUAAAUUAACUGGAAUAGAUCCUUCAAAAAUUGUCUACAUCAACAAAUCACCUCCUGCUCUUCCUUCAUCAUUGAGUCCUAUUACCUCCUCCUCCUUUAAUGUAGUACAUGAAUCAACAUCAGUAUCAUACACUGGAGGAGCUAGUAAGUGA